AUGGACCCAGCAGCCCAACGCUUCCUCGACUCCGUCAACUGGACCUCCCUCCACCACGCAUAUGGCGAAGCAACCGACGUGCCCGACAACCUACGCGCCUUGCUAUCGCCAAACAAAUCAGACCGCUCAGAUGCAUACGAGGCCCUCUACUCAAACAUUUUCCAUCAAGCAACCCGCUACGAAGCAACCGCAUAUGCUGUUCCAUACCUACUCAAAAUUCUAGAGAGCCCGGCGACACCGGCCCGGGCCUCCGUGAUUAACUACCUGGUUGAUCUAGCUCUGGGUAUUCCGUCAACAUUCCUACCUCAGGGUGUGGACAUUGUCGCAUGGCGUCAGCGGGCAGGGAAGAUAUAUACACCCGGGUAUGAAACAGAGUAUUACGCUGAACAGGAUGAGUUGCUGAGCCAGGCGAGGGACGAAAACCAGCAGAAAGUGUGUGAGUAUGUCCGUCGUGUUGGGCUGGAGCGACAGCGCAGAGACGCCAAAUAUGAGUUGGCGACGUAUGAUGCUGUUUGUAUGGGUGUACCACUUUUUCAGAAGCUUUUGGAGGAGAAGGAUGUGGAGGUUAGGGCUUUUGCAGCUUAUGCGUUGGCUUGGUUUCCUGGGGAGGGAGCAGGUGGAAGAAAUAGGAGUAGCGCUGUUGCUCUGCAGCGGGUACUCGACCGGGAAGGCGAAGAUAUUAUGGUUCUUGCCAGUGCCAUUAUUGCGUUAGGCCUGCUGAAUGGAUGUUGGAAGGAUGGUGGGGUUGUUUCUGAGGGGAUAGACGAUCUCAUCUGCCGUCUUCGUGAGUAUAGUGCUAGCACGCGUCCUUCACUGGUUCGGUUCGCUGCUGCGGUAUCUUCCGUUCGACUACUGCAUUACAGGCCAGAGGACGUCUCCGUCCUAGCCUGCGUUUUAGCCGAUCGCUCGUUCAUCCCUAAAAGUGAUGCUCAGAAGUCCAAUGAUCUUGCGUUUCCCUUCCAUGAGGGAGACCUAUUUCAGUACAGCGGCAAGGUGUUGAAUACGUUGAACCUGGAGGAAUAUCCCAGAGUCAUGUCCACUUUGUUGGACGCAUUCCCGCGUUCGGGAAGGGUGGAAGCUUUCGAACUUGCGGAAGUUGUGUUGGAGCUGACCUUUGGUCCCAGGCCUGAGGAUGAGGAUGGACGGCCAGUUGAGUCUCUGAAUGAGAUUCAGCGGCAAACGGUCACCACUUUAGCAGGGCUAGAAAUGAAGUACUGGCGGGGCGCGAUUUUGGGGGAUAUUCUUGAAGAGUGGAAUAUUCCGGGCGGGAGACGCGAUGAGUGUAGGAAAUACAUUGGGCUACCAGUUGGCGGUACGGGCGAAGGGUCUGAUGAAGGGUCUGAUGAAGGGUCCGAUGAAUGCUCCGACGAAGGGCCUGAUGGGGAGUCUUAUGAAGAGUGA